AUGGUUGAAAGACGACUUCUCAUGCUCGAGUCCUAUUACGCCACUCACGAUUCGAAGAACCAACACUGGCGACUCACAAACGCUCCUGGCCUCCCAUUCGACGAGCCUCUCGACAACUAUGAGUGGUUUGUGCCAGCCCACUGUAUACCCGCUCUUGUCGAUGAAGUUUCGAGAGUUAUAUCUCUGAUGUCUUUGUCGGGAGAUCAGUGGAGACUUAUCGGUGUUUUGAUAAAAGGACCAGGUGGUUUGCUCCGUCACCAAGACGGCACAAGAUACAGGCGUGCACUCAUUGAGAAAGUCCCUCGACCAAAGUCUAAUGCACCAAAUGUUACCAGACAAAGCGGGGCUCCUGGACACGGAGUUUACCCAGGGCGUUAG